UUAAAGUUAUUUACAUCAUUUCUUAUGAAAACCGUUUUCUGUCUAAAAAUAAAUGUUGAAAAUAUUAAUUAUGUAGUACAAGUUGAAGCCGCACUAGUGAUAAGUUGUUGAAAAAUAAAAGUGAUGAUUAUUUAAAUUAUAGAAACGACGAAAACUGAUAUGGAAGUGUCUAACGAAAUAAAGGAAGAUAUUCGCAAAACUCAGUCUGACUUGAAAAAUGCGAUACGCGUACAUCAGGUUUGGGUCGCGCGUCUUCGGGAAGAUGAAAAUAAUAUACAUCUGAAAUCGAAAGUCAAAGAAGCUGAAAAUGAAAUUAUUGCCAUUGGUCAAGCUCAAAAACUAGUAGUAGACAGAUUAAGGAGAGAGUUGGAACUUUAUCAGCAGCGUUUGAAAGCUCGUAACAAGCAGACAAAUAUUGAAAAUGAUAAUCGCUAUGUAGCCCAGCAACUAAGGGACCACCAGCUUCAGUAUCGCAGCAGAAAUAGGACUGCGUCCAAACUCAAACCUUCCAUACUUAAUGAGAUUCAUAUUAAGUCAGAAAACUAUAAUGAUGUGAAAGAAAACAUAUCAGAUUCUGAGACUGAAAUUAAAUCCUCAAAAGAGAAAGGGAACUCGAAUCAUAGUAAUGCAGAAGAGAAGGAGAAAUAUUUGAGAAAUUUUCAGCAGAUACCUAAAGUGCAUGACAGUAGAAAUAACUUUGCUAAUGCACUAAAUAAAGUCAAGGAGGCAUUUAUCGGCAGCAACUCGCAGUUGGCUCGCAGCUGGCAACAGGCGCCAGCGCGCCGGCGCUCGGGGUCGGGGUCGCCGCCGUCACCGCCGCCGGGGCCGUCGCCGCCGUCGCUGCCGUCGCCGUCAUCACCGCCGUCACCGCCGUCACCGCCGUCACCGCCGUCACCGCCGUCACCGUCGUCACCGCCCUCGCCGUCGCCGUCGCCGCCGCCGCCGCCGCUGCCGCAGGUCGGCGAGCCCGUGUCGCAGGAGUUGUUCUUGAGACUAAUUGGUUUGGUGACUCCAGCCCAGAAGGAGAUACUUGAGAAGAAGAGAAGCGAGCGUCGGAAAAGGUCAACGACAAGCACCAACAGAAAUGAAUUCUUGUACGGAAACUACGACAUGUUGCCUAAACGCAAGAAAUACAAUCAAUUCCCAUAUUUGCAAUCGCACAACGACCCUCCUCAAACACGCUCGGCAAAAUUACGAAAACAGCAGUUCCAGACUCAAAGCAAGGAAUCCCGGGAGGGAUCGCCGUCUGGUUCCUCGGCUGAAACUAAAGAGGGCUGGAGCGAGAGCGGGGGCGGUGCGGGGGCGGGUGCGGGGGCGGGGGCGGGGGCGGGGGCGGGCGGCCGGCCCGCGGCGAGGAGCUGCCACGCCUGCGGCAGGAACGAUGUGCCGUCGCUGCUGGUGUGGUGCGCGGCGUGCGGCGUGUGGCGCCACACGGGCUGCGGCGCCGCCGGGCGCUGUGCGUGCGGGGCCACCCUGCCCGACCCGACCCCCGCCCCCGCACACCCGGCCACCCCCGCACACCGCCUGCUGUACCGAGUGAGCUCGGUCCGGGUCUACACACGGGCUGCGGCGCCGCCGGGCGCUGUGCGUGCGGGGCCACCCUGCCCGACCCGACCCCCGCCCCCGCACACCCGGCCACCCCCGCACACCGCCUGCUGUACCGAGGUGAGUGAGCUCGGUCCGGGUCUACACACGGGCUGCGGCGCCGCCGGGCGCUGUGCGUGCGGGGCCACCCUGCCCGACCCGACCCCCGCCCCCGCACACCCGGCCACCCCCGCACACCGCCUGCUGUACCGAGUGAGCUCGGUCCGGGUCUACACACGGGCUGCGGCGCCGCCGGGCGCUGUGCGUGCGGGGCCACCCUGCCCGACCCGACCCCCGCCCCCGCACACCCGGCCACCCCCGCACACCGCCUGCUGUACCGAGGUGAGUGAGCUCGGUCCGGGUCUACACACGGGCUGCGGCGCCGCCGGGCGCUGUGCGUGCGGGGCCACCCUGCCCGACCCGACCCCCGCCCCCGCACACCCGGCCACCCCCGCACACCGCCUGCUGUACCGAGUGAGCUCGGUCCGGGUCUACACACGGGCUGCGGCGCCGCCGGGCGCUGUGCGUGCGGGGCCACCCUGCCCGACCCGACCCCCGCCCCCGCACACCCGGCCACCCCCGCACACCGCCUGCUGUACCGAGGUGAGUGAGCUCGGUCCGGGUCUACACACGGGCUGCGGCGCCGCCGGGCGCUGUGCGUGCGGGGCCACCCUGCCCGACCCGACCCCCGCCCCCGCACACCCGGCCACCCCCGCACACCGCCUGCUGUACCGAGUGAGCUCGGUCCGGGUCUACACACGGGCUGCGGCGCCGCCGGGCGCUGUGCGUGCGGGGCCACCCUGCCCGACCCGACCCCCGCCCCCGCACACCCGGCCACCCCCGCACACCGCCUGCUGUACCGAGGUGAGUGAGCUCGGUCCGGGUCUACACACGGGCUGCGGCGCCGCCGGGCGCUGUGCGUGCGGGGCCACCCUGCCCGACCCGACCCCCGCCCCCGCACACCCGGCCACCCCCGCACACCGCCUGCUGUACCGAGACAAAAUGUCGGAACGCUUGCGUCUGCAAGAGAGGAACAUCCAGCUGUGCGUGGAGCUGCGCAAGCUGGAGGCGCGCGCGGCCUCGCUGAAGGACAACCUCGACCACCACAACAAGGAGAAGCGGCAGCUGCUCGCCGACCAGAUCAACACGCAGAGGAACCUGCAGAAGCUCCUCGACUUCAUCAGCCAGUUCAAGGAGACGUCCGUCAGCGUCCGCUCCACCUCCGUCAGCGACUCCGGCAGCGAGGUCAGCAAGAGCAACGAGGAAUGAACCGAUUAAACUUGUGCUCACAUCAAAGGCUCUUGAUGAGCUGGUUGCCGUUCGCCGUAAUCGUAAAUAAAGCAGUUAUUUACGCAAUAGCCAACAUUGUUACUAGAUCUUAAGCUAACUUGUAAGUAUAUUUCCAUUUUUAAUAAUGAAAUUUACCUUGCUACCGCAUUAAGUUUUAUACAUACGUUGAUGUUUAGGGCCAAAUCUUUAUAAUUAGCCUCAUGCAUGAAGUUUAUAUUUGAACGAAAUAUGUUUUAUUCGGAUGUUUGUUACCGUUAUAUCAUGUUACAAAUGCAUUUCCGUUUUUAAAUUACCAUUUAAUUACUUAAAACUAUAAAUAAAAAGUACAAAAAUUUGCCCGCGAAAAGCUAGUGAGCGAAACGCUCGAAACGCCACGUGACGUCACGCGUUCGACAGAUUAGUGUCAUUAGUAGCAAACGUCAGUUGGGCCGCCCAACGUGUGACGUCAUCACGCUCUGUCGAAUUCGCGCCAAAAAUUAUGAGCGUUUCAACCGCUCAAAAAUUUUCAACAUUUCAAAUAUUUUUUAAUAAAAUAAUGUUAAGGUUUACAAAAGUAUUUUUAUCAUUUCCGGUGUUCCAACGAUAUAAAUUAUGAAUCCAAAAAUAAAUAUAAAUUCAUGCAUGGAGCUAAUUAUAACAAAUUACAAAGAACUCGAUGGAUCAUCUUUAGAACAGAGGCUGAAAUACGCGCAAACGCGAAGAACAUGUGCCGUUCAAUCAAAUAUAUUUUUCUUCAAUUAUCUGAUCAUUCAUUAUAUUUGGUGUUUGAAUACAAUUUGAAGUACCUUUGUAAUUUUAGACCUUAAUUUUUUUAGGUUUUUAGUAAUUGUUUUUGGUAAGCGAGAUUUUUAGGGUUCCGUACCCAAAGGGUAAAAACGGGACCCUAUUACUAAGACUCCGCUGUCCGACCGUCGGUCUGUCACCAGGCCGUAUCUCAUUAACCGUGAUAGCUAGACAGUUGGAAUUUUCACAGAUGAUGUAUUUCUGUUGCCGCUAUAACAAAUACUGAAAACAGAAUAAGAUAAGUAGCCUGUAGGUACUUUCACAGCGCUUUAUAAGUCUUUUUUACUAUGAACGGAACAUGUUCGCAAUAGUUUUCAUUGAAUGUCUGUUAAGAGUCCCCGGCAAGUUCGGCCGAAUUUCACCUUCCCAUACAAACGGAGUGUCGUUCUCAUUUUAAAACUAAGUGUUGGAUUGUAAUGAAACUUUACACCUAAAAUAAAAUAAUCUAAAAAAUGAAAAUAAAUAUGAAUACAUUAUCAUUACAUUUAUAACAUAUUAGUUUUGUUUGGCAUGUUAUAAUUUAAUUAAAUUGAAAUAAAUUGAAAAAUAAACUUGAUUGAAAAAUGAAAAUGAAUGAAUAUUGGUACUACGAUAACCUUCUUUUUGGAAGUCGGUUAAAAAUAAAUAAUAAAUUGUCAACAUUGUCAUAUAGCUAUUAUAAUUUAAUUGAAUAGUAAUUUAUGGAAGUCUCCUCUACGGCGUAGGCCUCCCGCAGUCUCCUCCACUCCUCUCUGUCCCCAGCCAGUCUUCUCUGUCUCCAAGUAUCUUCCCAGCGUUUUAGGAGUUCGCAGUUUUUAGGGUUCCGUACCUCAAAAGGAAAAAACGGAACCCUUAUAGGAUCACUCGUGCGUCUGUCUGUCUGUCUGUCCGUCUGUCACAGCCUAUUUUCUCCGAAACUACUGGACCAAUUAAGUUUGUGACCCAAAGACGGACAUGUAACGUAAACAAAUUAAUAUUAAACACGGGCCACUUUUGGGGGGUAAAUGAGAAAAUUAAUAAAUAAGUUUUUUCAAACUAUAUCGUGUUAUAUAUCAAAUGAAAGAGCUCAUUGUGAGAAUCUCAAAUAUAUAUUUUUUAUUAUUUUACGAUAAACAAUUUAGAAGUUAUUCAAGAAAAUGAGCAAAAAAUUACCAUCCCCCCCUUUAUCUCCGAAACUACUGGGUCUAAAAUUUUGAAAAAAAUACACAAAAUAGAUCUUUACCUAUAGAUUACAGGAAAACCUAUUAGAAAUUGCAGUCAAGCGUGAGUCGGACUUAAUUACUUACUUUUUUGAUCCGACCCCUAUGGGUUUUUUAAAGACAUUUCACUCACGUUUCACAUAAAAAAUACAUUGUUUAAAUUGUGUAAUGUACGGAACCCUUGGAACGCGAGUCCGACUCGCACUUAGCCGGUUUUUCCAGUUGCUGCCUCUCGGUCGCCAGUCAGUUACUCUCCUGGCCCAUCUGUUACACACAUGUCAAGCCUAUUGCCAUUUCAAACUUCUGAUUAGCUUUAUUACAUCUGUAACUUUACACAUAAUAAAAUAAGGUAUAUCUAGGUCUGUAAUUAGUUUAUAAAACAAACGAAAUAGAGCAUAAACAAGAUUUGUAUGAAAAACUUAAAUUUGCUGUAUUUUUUAACUAUGGUAUCUGAAGCUACAUAAAUUAAUUACAGACCUAGAUAUACCUUAUCCUGUUGUAAGUACAAAGUUUCAGAGCAAUCUAGCUAGUCGUUUUAAAAUGAGAGCGGAACUACGUUUGUAUGGAGAACCGUGCUUUUUCCUUUUUUUUUAUAUUUUUUGGACCCAUUGUUCAAAAGUUAGGGGCACACAUUUUGAAUUUAUUUCACUUUGCACGUAUAAUUUAGUUUAUUUUGUUCUACACACAAGAUUGUUUGAUGUGAAAAAGAAUUCACGAGGUAUUUUAUACAUUCAAAUUGAUUGCGAGGUAUUUUUAUUAGAAGUGUCAAUGAUGUUUAGCAAAAUAAAAUGUAAUUUUGUUAUAAAUCGCCCUCAUUAGUAAAUCAAUUGAUUAGCCAAACUAAACGUGUUCAGUACCCAAUGAUUCCUAAUUUAGCAUAAUAUUAGUUGUUACUAAUUGUCGUGUUAGUAAAUAUUGUCUAGUAGUGAUUAUCUGAUUAUUGUUUCGCCGCUUAGUUAAAAUCUAAAUGAAUUAAUUAUUUUCUGUGAUAUGAUUAAGUUUUCCUUGGAUUUGUUUUGUAGUACUCUAGAUGAAAUAACCGGGUUGUGUGUAAAUAAAUGUAAAAAACUUGGUAAUAA